AUAAAAGCAUCUCAUGGCAAAUUCAGAUGGCCUUUUUUGUGAUUAAGUGUAUUUUCCCGUUGGAAAUUGAUUGGUUCAGCCCACUAGAGAUGGUUGCUGCUGGCCAAUCUUAUGUAAAACUGAUCAGACAAAUAAUCAACACCGUGCGUUAGGCUAACGUCCGAUUUCAUUCCAUACUUCUACUCUGGAAAGCAGUGUCACGAGCUUGCCUGCACUAGCAUCAGCGCAGACUCGUGUGAAAAAGACGCUGACAUUCUAGUUGGUGAAGCGUGAGUGACCCGACGAGGGUGUGUAAGUGUCUCGUGGAUGGAGAAAAGACAUCAUCUUGAACAGCCUUGAGAUCUGAGCAGCAUUCCAGCAAUCAAUCAGAAAAAAAAAUGGAAGUGUCAAGGAGGCGAAUGAAACACCUUGAGCCAGCCAGGCCACUUCGUCGACUGAAUGAAGAUCAACCCAGAUUUGCUGACCUUGAGUCAUUUGCAUCACAGGCCACCUCAUUCAAUCGAAUUGAAGUGGAGCAGUUUUAUGAAAUUCUUCAAGUACACAGCAAAAAUCUUGUUGCGAAGAAAGAAAGGAUAUCCUACAGCAGGGAAUUUCUCCUACAAUUUGCCAGCACACCCCUGGCUAAAAGAAGGCCAGAAUUUUUACCUCAACACCCGGUUGUUUUAGACAAGGCGAGGCUCCCUGAUGUCCAUGAUGUAUUGCAGAGAACGAACCUUCGGACAUGUGCUGGAAAAGAGGACCUCUAAGUCCAGUGGCGAGAGAAGAAAACUAAGGUAGAAGAUCCUUUUUAUCUGUGGAUUGAUUUGCCAACGGUACCACCGCUUCUGUUUGUUUUGUAUGCUCUCCUAGACUGCAGAGCAUUGUGUGCUUGUGUGCUGUAAAUAACUUUGAUUUGAGUGUGUAAUUUGUAUUGUAACCAUAUUUAGUAUUUAUUAUAGUUUUUGGUAAACUUCUUUUUGGUGUGUUUUUGGUUUGUUUGAUCAGCAAGAGUGCACAUGUUUUUCAGGUUAUCUGAGAGAGCUUCGCCAUCACAGGCAGGUGGUUUCGGCUACUGUUUACUUUUGUUUUGGUUCACACCCAGAGCCUUUUUAAUUUGCACAUGUGGCCGGGAAAAGACUGAGUGAGAAAUGACACUGAUGUGCUAAU